AUGACAACACCUUUCAACUUACCUUCUCUUGAUUCCAUUAAUUUCUCUGCUAUCCAACAUCAACUGAACCAACAACAAGACGUCGUAACCGCAGCAACAGCAUCGUCUGUUGCAACAACACCAACAGCCUCUCCUCCUCAACAACUCAAUCAAGAAUCCCAACAA